UGUAAUUUGCAUUUUAAAUAAUGCCUUGGUAUUCGGGAUAAAGACGAAAUUUCCGUUUCGAAAGGGCAAGAAGUUGUAUAUAAUGUCGUUCACAUUCGUAUUGGAUAGAUCAGUCUGAGCGAAUUCAUCGACCGGUGCGAUACACAUCAAAGACUGAAAAUGUCAAGGAGCCUUUAACGUUACAACAAGUUUCUCAGUUGUUCAAAGAUGUGUUUGAAUGGACGUGACAUUGCCACUAUAUUCCUAAUCAUUGCUUCACUCCAAAUUUCUGUCGAUUUCACUAGGGCAGGCAAUCAAGAUAGAACAAAAACACUGAAGUUAAAUUCUGAGAUUUCUGAGAAGACCAAUUCAAGUCGACCGAGGUUCGCCAUGCAAGGUUCGAUCUCCCUUAAUACUGAAAACGUAACAGCAACGCCUAAUUUACCAACAUUUCAGUCUUCCGCGUUGUUGUCAACGUCGGUUACGUUCAUCAACUCAUCAACAAAUUGCUCAACACGAGCUACGACAUCCGUGCCUCAGAUUUCUAAGACCAAUUCAAGUCGAUUGAGGUCCGCCAUGCAGGGUUCGAUCUUCUUUAAUACUGAAAACGUAACAGCAACGCCUAAUUUAGCAACAUUUCAGUCUUCCGCGUUGUUGUCAACGUCGGUUACGUUCACCAAUUCAUCAACAAAUCACUCAACACGAGGAACGGGUGAAUAUGGCAGCAAAAAAACUAUAAACAACUCAAACAAAAGAAACCUUAUCGGGUUUUUUGUGUUCUGUUCGACAAAAACAGCCUUUGAAGUACGCUACAGAAAUACAACUUCAGUAUGUGCCUGCGGGGAGGCUAACAUAACGUUUGUUCACUGCAAGGAAAAAUUACCUUUGAAUUUCACCGUCCACAUAUCUGUUAAAAACAAUCCCAAUCAGAGAACAGAUUGCCUUUUUCGCUUUGUUUACAAAGACAACAUCUGGUCGCCGAGAGAAUAUUUCAAAAUCAAUGGAGAAAAUACUUCAAGACCCUAUUGCGAUGAGUUAACUUCUUUUACUGCAACACCUGUUAAUUACUCCGCCUUUCAUAUGGAAGUUUCAAGCAUCACAAAAUCAAUUUCCACCAUUUCUAAUACGUCUCUGAUUGGUUCGUUACUGACAAAUACGACGAUUUCUAUUAAAGCAAGAAAUGUCUCGUUGGACGCAAGUUAUCGAAGUUCAAUUCUCUCUGAUACUGAAAAUGCAGCACUUAACAUUUCUCUUAUUCGGACUUCGGGUUCACUUACCCGGCGAUUGUCUGUCAACCUUUCUAUGCUCCCGAGUUCAGUUACUGUUACACCUUCUCUGGAAAAAAAAACGCAAGCUGUAAAAACGUCCAUAUUUAUGACAAGCUCACCAACUUGGCGUCAAAAUUAUUCCAACCAGUCAACGUCCCCAAAUGAGGGCAAAAAAGAUAAAUGCAACGAUGAGGAAGAAUUCUAUACAGUCAAUAAAUUUAUCAAAAAGGAAAGGAAAAGAGAAUUGUUUCUUGGUUUUUUCUUAAACUGCAGAGGGGAAGCAGUUUUCGAAGUAUAUUUGAAUGGAACAUUGUGUGCGUGUGAUCAAUCCAGCUUAAAGUUCUUCGGUUGCCAGAAAAAAUUGCCUCUUCCCAUGAAUAUAACUAUUUUCAUGAGCAAACAGACUGGUACCGGUUCUCGAAAGUUUCGAAAUCGUUGCAAUUUUUAUCUUGUUUUUGAGAGUCCUCUAAAAACAUAUCCCGGAAUAACCUUGCCAGCUAAAAAUAACACGGGGUCGAGUGUACCCGCAGCUAAGUCUAAACCUAACUCAACUCAACCGCGCAUCACAAGUACAGAUUCUGUGAUAAGUGCAGCGUAUGAUUCUGUGGAUCAGCUGUUUAUCAGGUCUUCAAGCGUGGUUGCACAUAAAGAUUUGUCAAAAGUGUUGAAUCCAGUAAGAUUCACCUCGCCAAAAUCAAUAUUGUCGCAAAGAUUAAUCCCGUCAAACACUGGAAUAGUAAUCACGUCAGCAACUUCCACACCGCUACUAAAGACUUCACGUCCUAUUGAAGCGAGUCCAAUUAUUUCGGUAACCCAGGAUUCAAACUUAGUUACAGUUAGUCUUGGCAUCUCGCCAUCGUCAAUGAAAAACAGCUCGAUUCAAGAAACCGCCUCAAGUUCCUUUAUACAAGCUACGCCAAGUACAUCUACCGUGGUUUCUACAACCACAUUGUCUCCUGAUGAAAAAAAGGAGAAAAAACUGGAAGAAGAUGUUGAAUUUCUAGAGCGCUUAAAUACGUCAACAGUGAAUAUCAGCGACGAAAAGACCAUUGAGAGAGCGUUGGACGCUGCAGCUAAUUUGAUCAACACUAAUCUAACGGGUCUAACAGAUGAUCCAAAGAAAGAUCCUGGAAUGCAAGCAGUCAAAACGUUGCAAGAUCUUGGGAGUACAAUUUCUCGACAGCUUGAUCUUGGAAAUAAAACCUCCGUCACCUACCAGAAAGUCACUAAAGAUCUGGUUUUCGGUGUAGCAGUUAUUAACGCAACGACAACUCCUGCAUUUUCUUUUCCUUCUGGUGGAAGUAAUAUUUCAGACGAGAAGAUAGACAUUCCAAAUUCUGUAUUUGUUCCCGAAUCAGGUAAAUCAUAUUUUGUUGGUAUAAUCUUCAAAGCAUAUCGUGCGAUGAGAAACAAUACAGGAGAUUUUAUGAUUGGCACAAAGGUUAUAAAUGCAGCUGUGUCACCUUCUCCAAAUGAUGUUCUCAUAGAUCCUGUCGAGAUGACUUUUGAGAAAAGUAAUAUUGGUCAAACGAUUGAACCAAAAUGCUCAUUCUUGUUAGAAAACAACUCACUUUCCGGUGAUUAUGGUAGAUGGUCGACGAGGGAGUGUUCCGUUAAGUUUGAAAAUAAAAGCCAUAUCCAGUGCAAAUGCUCUCAUUUCACAAACUUCGCUGUCUUGUUUAGAAUCUCCGAUGAAAAGAUCUCAGAUGAAGAUACUUUUCGUCUGGUUAUCAUAACCUACAUUGGUUUAGGUUUAUCCAUUUUGGGAUGCCUCUUUACUUUCAUAAUUUAUGUCAGUUUAUCAAAUAUAAAAUCAGACAGAUCAACAAUUCACACGAACUUGGUUGCGGCGCUUGGCAUUGCUGAUGUUAUAUUCUUAGUCACCGUGGCUGUUAAACCGAGUGGGAAUCCUUGUUUGGCCCUGUCUACACUUGCUUUCUUCUUCUACCUUGCUGUGUUUUUUUGGAUGUUGGUGGAAGGUGGUUACAUUUACUUGAUGAUCGACGUCAUGAAAGUCUUUCGUGGCAACCCUGUCCUAAUGCGAAGAAUGGCCUAUUUUGUAGGGUGGGGUAGUCCAAUCAUUAUCGUUGUUGUAACAUGGGCUGUUUUAAGAGACCGCAUUGUCUCCAAAUAUCAUUGUUGGUUAUCAGUGGAGUCCGGAGCAAUUUGGGCGUUUGUUGGUCCGGGAUUGCUGAUUAUUUUGAUCAAUUGCUUUAUUCUUGGGGUUGCAAUGAAAACAACUUGGAAAACAUUUGUUAACGACAAAGAAUUUCGGGGUUUGAAGUCGGCGACGAAAACUUUCGCUGUUGUCAUUCCUGUCUUAGGAAUAACCUGGGUUUUUGGUAUCUUGGCGUUCAACGAAUCUUCGGUUGUAUUUCAGUAUGUAUUCGCUAUCACUAACUCCAUACAGGGAGCUCUAAUAUUUUUGCUCUACUGCAUUGUCAAUAGAGAGGUACGGAAUGAGCUGCGUCGGAAGCUCGCGAACUGGCAAACUCGUCGUGAGAUGUCUUCAUCGUCAGCUGGCGGUCGGCGUCGGACCCAUGAUUUCGGCUACGAAUAUCCGUUAGGGGAAGUGAAGGUGAAACCAGGUGCAGAAGAAACAGGACGAAGGUACACGUUUAAAGAUCCGAUUAACACGUCUGAAAAAGAAAUCACGGUGAAAGAGAAGAACGAUGAGUGGAAUGGCAAAGAUGGCAGGAACGGUGUGCGGUGCAGUGAAGGGCAAGAGGGCAAAGAUGUAGUUGCGGUUAAUAACAAAGCAUAUGAUGAAAGUAGUACAGCUGGGGACUUCCAUGGACUUUAAGAUCUGGAGUCAUUAAAAUGUGAUUUUAGUUUGCUAGCUCCUAUUAUAUAACUUCGCAUAAUACAACAACGUUUCGAUCAUUAUUGGCACAAUCGGUCACCUUGGAUGUACUAUAAACUAUAAAACCAGACCUUAGUAGGAACAGGAAAUAUGUUGGAUACUUUUGAUUUCCGGCCAUACAUUCAACGUUUCAGCUCUUUAUCUUCUCUUUCUUCUUUAUAUACUCCUCCCAGUAACUGUUGCCGGCGAUUAUAUUACAUUUUACAAGCUGCCGAUAAAAAUCAACAAAAGAAUCGUACGCAACAGAUGAAAAACAAAACAAAUCAAAACAAAUAUUCAGCGGUAUAAAUAUGGUACGAUUCGGUUUCAUUGGAUUCGCACCCAUGCGAAGUUGUUGUAGAAUUAAAAAAACCUAGUACAGGAUGUAAGCUCUUUUCAUUAUUUGAAGUAUUUAGGUCACACUUGGCGUGAACUGGAAAAUCGCCACCUAUACUGACCUGCAUGAACGUUAACUUGGCUACGAUAUUAAAAUUGAAGCAAAUUUGAAAUUCCGUUA